AUGCGUUUCACCACCACCACAACCAUUGCAGCUCUUGCAGCCAUGACUCCUCUGGCCAGCGCCGUCGGCAGUGCCAUCGUGAUAAACCAGUGCGACUUCCCCGUCUACUUGUGGUCUGUCGGUGGUUCCGUCGGCGAGAUGCAGACCCUCGUCGCUAAAGACGGUGGCUACUCGGAGCUGAUGCACACUGAUGAGAGCUCUGGUGGCAUUGCACUCAAGAUAACCCUAGCUGAAGACGGCCUGUACACUGGCAGCCCACAGACCGUCUUCGCCUAUGCCCUAGGCAACCAGGGCCGUGUCGCCUACGAUCUGUCCGAUGUCUUUGGCGAUCCUUUCGCUGGCCACACGCUCCACGUCUCCCCAUCGGAGGACACUUGCAAUUCCAUCUGCUGGAACGGCGGUAUCUCAGCCAGUUACGUGAGCAACACUGAGUCCUGCACCCAGGACGCCGACGUCACUCUCACGCUGUGCGCCGACUCGUGUUAA